UUGUUUCUAUGGGGAGCACUAACAAUGCGGCACCCGGAAGUGUCCUUGUGUUUACUUUCUGCAGCAGGUGAGGUUGAGCGUGGUCAAAUGGAGCUGCAGGAAAAAACACCUGUGCACGUGUUCACAGGUGUAGACAAGGACGUGUUUCUGCGAGACAUUUAUCCACAGCGCAGACCAGCUGUGCUGAGAGGCGUCUCUCUUGGACCCUGCCUGGAAAAAUGGACGGUUGAAUAUCUUGUACAGAAAGGGGGAGACAAGGAAGUGAAGAUCCACGUGUCUACUGUGCCACAGAUGGACUUCCUUCAUAAAAACUUUGUGUACAAGACCCUGACGUUCAAUGAAUUUGUGAAAAGGGCGUCUGAAAAAAAACACACUGACUUCUUCCUUUGUGAGGAUGAGAGCUAUUAUCUUCGAUCACUUGGAGAGGACGUACGAAAGGAACCUGCUGAUCUGAACAAACAGUUCCCAGACUUGGCCAAGGAUUUUCACAUCCCAGAGUUCUUUGCACCUGAUCAGUUUUUCUCCAGUGUCUUCCGCAUCAGCUCCUGCGGUCUGCAGCUGUGGACGCACUACGACGUGAUGGAUAACCUGCUGGCUCAGGUGACGGGAAAGAAGAGGGUGGUUCUCUACAGCCCACAGGAUGCAUUACACCUUUACCUGUCAGGUGAUAAAUCAGAGGUCCUGGACAUUGAUUCCCCGGACCUGAAGCGGUUUCCAGACUUUGUGAAGGCAAAGAGGUACGAGUGUGUCCUGGAGCCUGGAGAUCUACUUUUUAUACCCGCCUUGUGGUUCCACAACACCCUGGCACUGCAGUUUGGUGUGGGUGUUAAUGUGUUCUGGCGCCAUCUACCUGCUGACAGCUACGACAAAAAGGACCCGUACGGGAAUAAAGACCCCGUGGCUGCAACUCGAGCCCUUCAGGCACUCGAGAGAGCGCUACACACUCUGGAUGAACUCCCAGCAGACUAUCGGGACUUUUACGGGCGCCGUAUGAUCCAACGCAUCCAAAAGCGGACAUACUGUGACAGUCUGACAAACUCAACUACACAGGAGGGCUCUGACAGUACGUUACCCAGCGGUCAAUUCACCAAACCUGGAUGAGUGUCCAGAGAAAUAACCAAUAAAACACGUGUUACACACGUUAUGCUGUUGAAUGUGAUUAUAAGAGUGCGUGGAAGUUUAGAUUAACUGAAACAAAUCAAAACAUGGGAGAGGGAUUGACCUGGAGGUCUGGGAAAAUGGUCAAAAUACCUUAAUAUCAUAUUUCUGAGGAAGUUCACAGGAUCGUUUUAUCUGAAACAUUGCAUAAAGGUUUUCUGGUGCAUUUGCAAAACUCAAACAGUUGGUAUUUAAAGUUCCUGAGUUUCUUUAAUAGGCUUAUGAAAAAGACAUUAGUACAUUUUGAAUAUUUAUGUUACCAUUACUCAUCUAAAUAAAUCUGAAAAUGUACUCAGCGUGGUGCAGACCAAAGUGCAUCAAAAUUAAACAUGCUGCAUAAACUGUUUUCCAUGCUUUAUCACCCAGAUGUGUUUGCCUGUCUGACCUUCAUAAUGGUUGUUUGCAUGUUGGCUUACUGGAAAGGCUCUGCUGUAAUAAAUGCAACAGAAUCAUAAUUAGUAUUAUUAUAAAUGCCUGUGUUGACCUGAGUUGUGAAAAAAGAUCUAUUUUUCAAACCAUCAAAUAUGAAAUACUGGACUUAAUAAACACUUACUAUCCAGAAUAACUAUUUUGACAAGAUAUUAUCUUCAAUAUCGUAGAUCUUUUUCUUGUAUAAUCUCAUGAUUACGGCAGCAUAUUUCUGCCCACAAGACAAAAAGAUUUGUUCACUUUUGUCAGGUUUGUUUUAAUGACGUCUUUCCAUGUUAUAACAUUGACAUUAUGAGUUACCAAAUUAUUUCAUUUUACAAUAAACCUUUCUUGUCAAGUCUAGUUGCCCGAGAUUUAAAGAGAACCUAGACGACUGAGAACCUUUAUAGACAAAGCACCAUCUGAAUGUGCAGACAUUUAAUGAAAGGUAAUAAAAUCUUGUUGUAACUUACCAUAAAUAAUGAAUUUGGUUUCUAGUAAGAAUGUUAUAACAUGGAAAGCCUCAUUAAAAAAUGUUUGCUGUUACAAUAACAGACUGAGCUGAUUGUGCGGGACUACAUAAAGAAAUGUGAAUAAGUACGCCUAGUAUGUUGGGAAAUCAUGAAAAAAAAAAAAAAGUCUUGUGG